AUGGCCUCGAACCAGGACAAGAAAAGUGGCUUGAUGUCCCACGCAAUUGCCCGGCUCUACAAGCGGCGUCUGGAGGAAGUGGAAAGGGAACUCCUUCUUGCCCAGCAGCCAGAACCUCCGACUGUGGAUGACCGAACGCGUGAUGCUGUGCCAGUGCAGUUUGAAGAUGUUGCGAUGCCCAUGGAAGUGAUCGACGAUGCUGCUCCGCUUAGCGAAAGCGAGGAGGAAAAUACGACCGACGCAAGCAGCGGCGAGGAUACCGACGUGGAGGAUAUCCAGGUCGAGGUGGAAAUGCCAGACCAUCCGUACGGAGAUCUUUCGUGCGAGGAUGGCUUAAGGAUGUGGGCCCUGCAAACUGGACAAACCCAUCGCAGUUUGAACCUUUUGCUGGGCCAUUUGCGACAUCACUUCCUUCAGACCAAAUUGCCCCGAGAUGCACGGACGUUGAUGAACACGCCCGCGUCCAGAGCACCGGAGACAGCCCUUACACCAAUCGCAGGUGGGCAGCUGUGGUACCAGGGUGUGGAAAAAUGCCUGAUAUCAUAUUUUCGCGAUUGUCAGCCAACCCAGGAGGGGUUCGAGUUGAACAUUUUUGUGGACGGCCUACCCCUGUACAAGAGCAGUCGGACCCAAUUUUGGCCGAUUCUCAUGCAGGCUCAUAACGUGCCACAUACUCCUGUAAUGACGGUUGCGAUAUUCUGUGGCGAAUCAAAACCGUUAUUCGUCUGA